UUAAUAAUGACAGUAGCAACCUUGAUAAAUACACCUAUAAAUAAUAAUAAUACAUCACCAUCACAAAUGGAUCCUACGAUAAAGGACCAGGUGGAGUUGGAGUUCAAGGUGUUUAAGGUGUUGGCUGCAUUCUCACAGACACUGGAGAAAUCUCUGAUCACAAGUCAGUCCAGUGUUCAUGGCAUUUUCAACACGCUCAAUCAAUCAUUACCCGAGCUACCAGAGAUCAAGUCAAUCAAUCAGCUGACCGACGAUGGAAAUAUUGGUCUACUGACCAUUCAAAUGGUCAGGACGGUGAUCCAACGUGCUGAUCAACUCUCCAAACAGAUAUCCAUACUUCAACAAACUGUUCAAUCAACAUCAUUACAACAUCGGUCACCAGAGGUGACCAACGCAACGGAGAUCAAGUUCUUCCCACCACAAGAGCAAUCACAUGAGUCCAAUGUUGUUAAUGAAUUGGCAUCAUCAGACUCAUCACUUGAGAAUGAUGGCUCUGCAUCGAGCGACAGCAGAGACAGCGCAGAAUUCUCAUCAGACUCAAAGGCCGACAACAACAAUGGAAUGACUACAACAAUGACUAUAUCAAUUGGAUCGGAUGAUGUACAUCCUGUUCAACAGCAACAACAACAAGUACCAAGCACUACAUCUACCGACACAAGAGACAGCGUGGAAUGGGACACUAAACUACAGACCGAGAUGCAACUCAAUGCCAUGCUGUCCGAGUUCCUAAAGGAGGACUUUGAAAUCGCCAACCAGAUUGGCGAGCCCAACUUGGAGGACCAAGAACACAUCACACCACAAGAGCACAUUACAACUCAUGUCGUAUCCAACCCUACCUCUCCAGUAUUCACGCCACCGACUUUGGCCACUGGUGCCAACCUCAGCUCCAGCGGAUCAUUCACGUCACAGGUCCACUCGCCUCUAUCUCACUCAACAUCCUCACUCUCAGUCACCAGUAACUCCACCCAAAACUCAUUGAACUCUCUAUCCAACAGCAUCAGCAACAAUAUUAGUGGUAGUAAUGCACCAAAGAAGGCUUACCUCACCGACCUACUUGACCAGAUAGACGAGAAUACUCCAACAAAGGAUAAGAAGAAGGGAAAGUUUAAGUUCUUCUAA